AUGCCCACAUUAAGAUCCACCACCCAGCCGUAUUUCCCCCUUGUCAAAGAUAUGUACGAAGUUGUCCCGCUGCCCUGGACACAGGAGGUCCCUUCGCCGGCAGAUCAAUCGACUCACCCAAACUCGCUCCGGUUGGUUCGUAAGGCCAGUGGCGCCAUGCCUGUGUUCCCUCACCAUUGCCACCACUUCACCAUCCCGGGCAAUACACGUGCAAUUGCGGACAUCUUUGUCAAGGCCAUGCAGGCUACGGUGUACUGGGCCGUUCACAAGACCAAGACCAACUCGCCAGUCCCUCGCCUCGCCAACGCUCCAAACAGAGGCGGCCGCCCCCAACAACACCAUUUCAAGCUGGAGUUCAAAUGCCCCCAGAAAGGAACACAUAUUUUUGUCAGCAAUUCCUUCACUUCUCCGCUCGCCGUGGCUUACUGGGUGGAUUACGAGGUGCCAAGCAAGCGGCACGCGAAGCCGCGAAUCCUCAGGUGCACGUGCCCGCACUUCCAGCAACACAAUAGUGCGUGCAAACAUAUGUUCUGCAUCGCGAAACAGUACAAAUAUCUGGUCGUCGAGGCAGGAUGCGUUCCCGAAGCGCCGCCAAUGGACAUCGAAGCGUUACUCAACAACUUGUACGAAGACGGAGCCUUAAACAAGCUUGACCCCGCACCAGCCUUCGUUCCGGUUGGCUUGGGCAGCCCAAACCCAUCCAACCAACCCUUGCGGCUACUAUCACUCUGUCCGGCUGACCUCUUGUACAAUGGAGACUUGGAAAUCAAGGUGAUUUUGUCCAAUGGAUCUGGUUCUGCACCAGUCAAACGGCCUGCCUCAAGACAACAGUAUGACCUCCAAGGAGCACUCACAGAGGAUCCAAAGUCUUCAGAGCUCGGGCCUGAGAGCCCUGAAGAGGGUCAACAAGGCAAUGCGGGCACCAAUUAA